AUGACAGAUUCACAGAACCACCCUCUUCUGCCGCAUGUGAAAACAGAGCCCUGGACAGCUGAUGUAACAGGCCACAGCAGUGAGAGACGACCCAACCAGGGGGCAGGGCGUGUGGGCCCAGCUACAUCAACGGGUCUCAGCACCUCCAGCCGAACCUCCAGCAGACCUCGCACACCCACCUCCGUAACCAUGAGCAAGUCGUACUCGUCCUCCGCCCAGAGCGCCUCAUCCUACCGCAGGACCUUUGGCUCCGGCGUGGGCUCCUCUCCCAUGUCCACCAUGUUCUCCUCCAUGGGGGGAGGAGGCCGCAACAGCAGCCACAUGGCCAGCAGGGUCUACGAGGUCAAGACCUCCGGAUCACCGUCAUUCUCCAGCUACAGAAUGUCCGGCGGUGGUGCUGGCAUCGGCUCCUCCAGCGCCCUGAGGACCUACUCUGGGGAGAAGCUGGACUUCAACCUGGCCGACGCCAUGAACCAGGACUUCCUCAACACCAGGACCAACGAGAAGCACGAGCUGCAGCACCUCAACGACCGCUUCGCCAGCUACAUUGAGAAGGUGCGCUUCCUGGAGCAGCAGAACGCCGCCCUCACAGCUGAGGUGGAGAAGCUGAGGGUCCGAGAGGGGCCUGGCCGCGUAGCCGACAUGUACGAGGAGGAGAUGAGGGAGCUGAGGAGGCAGAUCGAAGCCCUGGGCAAUCAGAGAGCCAGGGUGGAGGUGGAGAGAGACAACAUGGCCGACGACCUGCAGAAGCUCAAACUCAGACUGCAGGAGGAGAUUCAUCAGAAAGAAGAGGCUGAGAACAACCUGUCUGCUUUCAGAGCUGACGUGGACAGUGCCACUCUGGCCAGACUGGACCUGGAGAGGCGCAUCGAGAGCCUGCACGAGGAGAUCGCAUUCCUCAAGAAGAUCCAUGAAGAGGAGAUCCGUGAGCUGCAGAGCCAGAUGCAGGAGACUCAGAUCCAGGUGCAGAUGGACAUGUCCAAACCCGACCUCACCUCUGCUCUCAGGGACAUCAGGGUGCAGUACGAGGCCAUCGCCGCCAAGAACAUCUCUGAGGCUGAGGAGUGGUACAAGUCUAAGGUGUCAGACCUGAACCAGGCUGUGAACAAGAACAACGACGCCCUGCGCUCAGCCAAGCAGGAGACCAUGGAGUUCAGACACCAGAUCCAGUCCUACACCUGUGAGAUCGACUCGCUCAAGGGCACCAACGAGUCCCUGCUGCGUCAGAUGAGGGACAUGGAGGAGCGCUUGGGUCGUGAGGCUGGCACCUACCAGGACACCAUCCAGCGCCUGGAGGAGGAUAUCGCCAAGAUGAAGGACGACAUGGCCCGUCACCUCAGGGAGUACCAGGACCUGCUGAAUGUGAAGAUGGCUCUGGACAUCGAGAUCGCCACCUACAGGAAGCUGCUGGAAGGGGAGGAGAGCAGGAUCACCAUGCCCAUGCAGUCUGCCUACUCCACUUCUUCUUCCAUCGGCUUCAGAGAGACCAGCCCUGAGUCCCAGAAGCAGCAGCGCCCCUCUGAGGUCCACUCCAAGAAGACCGUACUCAUCAAGACCAUCGAGACCCGUGACGGAGAGGUGGUGAGCGAGUCCACACAGCACCAGCAAGACAUCAUGUAA